AUGGCGCAAAAGAAAUAUCUUCAAUCAAAAUUGACCCAGUUUUUAAGGGAAGACAGGAUUCAGCUUUGGAAACCUCCAUAUACAGAUGAAAAUAAAGAAGUUGGUUUGGCGUUAAAGGAACUUGCUAAGAAGUACUCUGACAAGCUAGAAUGUUGUGAACAUGAAGUAGAAAAGAUAAUAGAAGAAAUACGUUGUAAAGCAAUUGAGCGUGGAACAGGAAAUGAAAAUUAUAAAACAACAGGAAUUGCUACAAUUGAGGUCUUUUUACCUCCAAGGCUAAGAAAAGACAGGAAGAACUUGUUGGAGACCCGACUGCACAUCACUGGCAGAGAGCUGAGGUCCAAAGUAGCUGAAACCUUUGGAUUUCAAGAAAAUUACAUCAAAAUUGUCAUCAACAAGAAGCAGCUUCAGCUAGGGAAAACCCUUGAAGAACAAGGUGUGACACACAACGUCAAAGCCAUGGUCCUUGAACUAAAGCAUUCUGAAGAGGAUGUCAGGAAGAACUUCCAGGUAGAGGAAGAGGAACAAAACGAGGCUGAACUCAAGGAAAAGCGAAUCCAGAGGACCAAGAGAGGGCUGGAGAUACUGGCGGAGAGAGCCGAGAUGGUGGUGGACCCAGAAACCACACCGUACUUAGACAUAGCCAACCAGACCGGCAGGUCCAUCAGAAUCCCCCCAUCAGAAAGGAAAGCCCUCAUGUUAGCUAUGGGAUACCACGAGAAGGGCAGAGCUUUCCUGAAAAGGCAGGAGUACGGGAUAGCCUUGCCGUGCCUGUUGGAUGCUGACCGAUACUUCUGCGAGUGCUGCAGAGAGCUGCUGGACACAGUGGACAACUACGCCGUGCUGCAGCUGGACAUCGUGUGGUGCUACUUCCGCCUGGGGCAGCUGGAAUGCCUGGACGAUGCAGAGAAGAAGUUGAACUUGGCUCAGAAAUGCUUCAAAAACUGUUAUGGAGAAAACCACCAGAGACUGGUGCACAUAAAAGGAAACUGCGGGAAAGAGAAGGUGUUGUUUUUAAGACUCUACUUGCUUCAAGGGAUCCGGAACUAUCACAGUGGGAAUGGUGAAGAGGCUCGUGAGUAUCUCAACAAGGCACGCCAGCUCUUUAAGGAGCUCUACAUUGAUCCUUCCAAAGUUCACAAUUUGUUGCAGUUGGGAUUUACUGCCCAGGAAGCCCGGCUUGGCCUCAGGGCAUGUGAUGGGAACGUGGACCAUGCAGCCACUCAUAUCACCAACCGCAGAGAGGAACUGGCCCAAAUAAGGAGAGAGGAGAAGGAGAAGAAGCGCCGCCGCCUGGAGAGCAUCAACACGCUGAAAGGGAUGGGCUACUCGGUGCACGCGGCCAAGCAGGCCCUCCACCAGGCCAGCGGGAACCUGGACGAAGCCCUAAAGAUCCUUCUCAGUAACCCUCAGAUGUGGUGGUUGAACGAUUCCGACCCUGAAACCCGCAACCAUCUGGAAAGUCCGUCCCAGGAAAGCGUCAACCAGCUGGUGUACAUGGGCUUUGACACAGUGGUGGCCGAGGCAGCACUGAGAGUGUUCAGAGGCAACGUCCAGCUGGCAGCCCAGACCCUCGCCCACAAUGGGGGCAGCCUCCCCGUGGACCUGCAGCUCUCAGCGGAGGACUUGUCGUCGACACCGUCCACGUCCCCUUCUGACUCGGCAGGGACCUCCAGUGCCUCGACAGACGAAGACAUGGAGACAGAGGCUGUCAAUGAGAUACUGGAAGACAUUCCUGAGCAUGAGGAAGAUUACCUUGACUCGACUCUGGAGGAUGAAGAGAUUAUUAUCGCAGAGUACCUAUCCUAUGUAGAAAAUAUUAAGUCAGCAGCAAAGAAAAUCUAACAGACAGUUAAAAAGUACCGGCUUGCUGCUUAUAAAUUCUAUCGUUACAAAAUUAA